AUGCUUGUGGACAAAAAGACCCAGAAAUAUGAUCGCCAACUUCGGUUGUGGCAAGCUGAGGGUCAGCUAGCCUUGGAAAAUUCAAAAGUGUGUCUCAUCAACGGCACGGCUACCGGGUGCGAGAUAAUAAAAGAUUUAGUUUUACCUGGCAUCGGAUCUUUCACCGUGGUCGACGGGAAGUUGGUGGACGGUGCCGACGCCGGUAUCACUUUCUUCUUGGAUGCUGACAAAAUCGGUUCAAGUAGGGCUCAGGCGGUCACCGAACUUUUGCAAGAAUUGAACGAGGAUGUUAAAGGAUUCCACCUUGCUGAGGAUCCUGUCACCAUCAUCGAAACUCGACCCGAAUAUUUCUUACAAUUUACCAUUGUUAUUGCCACCGAAAUUCCCGAGAACUCCCUAUUAAAAUUAGCCGAGAUUCUAUGGAUUGCAAAAAUCCCGCUGGUCGUAGUGCGUUCCGUUGGAUUCAUAGGAUAUUUUCGCAUCAUUGUUCCAGAGCAUACCGUCGUCGAGACGCACCCAGAUAAUAUCAAUGAUCUAAGGCUGGAUAAACCUUUCCCCGCGCUCCAACAGUUUGCUGAUACCUUUGAUUUCGAUUCGAUGGAUCCCACGGAUCACGGCCAUAUUCCUUAUGUGGUGAUCCUGCUAAAGUAUCUGAAUCAAUGGAAACGAGAGCACGGUGGGAAUUUACCAAGAACAUAUUCUGAGAGGGACGAGUAUAAGUCGAUAAUAUCCAGGGGUAAGCGAUGUUCUGACGAAGAGAACUUUGAUGAGGCGUUGGCCAAUGUGUGGAAAGCAUGUAUGCCCUCCAGAGUGCCACGUGAAAUCGAAGAGAUACUCAAUGAUGCCACUUGCGAAAACAUCACCGCAGAUUCAUCUAAUUUCUGGAUCAUUGCCCGUGCCAUUCGAGAUUUUGUGGCCAACGAAGGGCAAGGUUUACUACCGUUGGCGGGAACUGUGCCAGACAUGAAGGCUUACACCACAGGAUAUGUCGCAUUGCAAUCCGCUUACCAUCAACAAGCAAGACAGGAUAUCUCCGUGAUUCGCUCUCGGGUCAAUGACAUCUUGAAUUCGAUUGGACGAACGGCCGACUCUAUACACGACGACGAGAUUGACAGUUUUUGCAAGAAUGCUGCUCACAUCAAAGUCAUUCGGUAUAGGUCGUUACAGGAAGAAUAUAUAAGUGAUCCAAAGAAAGUGGAAUUGGAACAAUGGUUGCAGGAUCCACAAGAUAAUAUUAUUCACUACGUCCUCCUUCGGGCGGUUGAUCGAUUUUACGCGACUCAUCUCCAUCACCCUGACGCAGCGACUUUCUUUAGUGAAGAUGAUUCAGAAGGGCUCGGUGAAGCAGCGAAAUCAGAAUUUGAGUCACUGAAAGCUCAAGUUCAUUCUCUGUUGGAAGCUUGGCAGAUCUCGAACCCACCCGAGCAUUUGGAUGACUAUAUUCACGAGAUUUGUCGAGCCGGUGGAUCCGAAUUACCCAACAUUGCAUCGUUGAUUGGCGGUUUGGUUUCUCAGGAAGUAAUUAAGCUUAUCACUCAUCAAUAUGUUACCGUAAAUAACACUUGUAUAUUUGAUGGCGUGAGAUCUGUCUCCUCGACAUACGUGUUGUAA